AUGGCGGUGGAUAUAGAACAUACAUGUCGUAUUUGUCGUGGAGAAGGAACUUUAAAUCAACCAUUAUAUCAUCCCUGUAAAUGUCGAGGUUCAAUAAAAUAUAUUCAUCAAGAUUGUUUAUUAGAAUGGUUAAAACAUUCAAAUAAAUCAACUGAAAAAUGUGAUAUAUGUAAUACAAAUUAUAAAUUUAAAAUUAUUUAUGAUCCAAAUAUGCCCAAAACCAUACCAAUAAAUUUAAUUUGGUCAAAAUUUAUACAAUUAAUUUCAGGAACAAUUUUAAAAAUUAUAAGUAUAUCAUUAUAUAUUAUUUGUGUUUUAAUUCAAGUUCCAAUAUUUUGGAAAUUUUGUGGUAGAAUAUAUACAUGGGCAAUAGAUGGAAAUUUACCAAUAAAUAAUAAUCAAAUUUUUUCAAAUGCUUUAUAUUUUGGAGAAUUUGAUAUUUUAUCAUAUUUAAAUUCAAAUAAUCAAUUAUCUAAUAUACAAAUCAUAUUGUUAAAAUUAAGAAAAUUUUUUAGUUAUACUUAUUUUAGUGGUGUAAGAUAUUUAAUUGUUGCAAUAAUUAUUCAUAUAGCAUUAUUUGUUGAAAGAGAAUGGGUUAUAAGAGAUGAAGGUUAUUUAAAAUUAUUAAAUAGAAAAAUUGGUAAAGAACCAAAAACAAAAUUAAUUGAUAUGUUACAAAAUGCAUUAGAUAAUUUAAGAAGAAAUGGAAAUGAAGAUAAUAAUGAAAAUGGGAAUAAUGAUGAUCAAAGAAAUAUUGCAACAAAUUUACAAAGAUUAGAUCAAUUAAAUAGAGCUAUUAAUGAUUUACAAAAUCAAGGGAAUGAUCAAAUGAUAAAUUUUGAAGAAAAUUUAAGAAGAGCUAUGAAUAGAGGUGAAUUAUUUAAUGCUAUAGAAAGAAAUGAUCAAGAAAGACAACAACAAAGACUACAGCAACUACUACAACCUUUUCAUGCUAUUGAAAGAAAUGAAGAAAGACAGCAGCAACAACAACAACAACAACUACAGCAACCUUAUCAUCAACAACAACAUGUUGAAGAUUCUGACGAAAAUGAUGAAAAUAAUCAUAACAUUGACAAUAUUCAAAUAAAUGAAGAUAAUUUAAUAGUUGAAGAAGAUAAUGAACAAAGAGAACCAAAUUUAUUUGAUCAAAUUUUUGAUAAUCAAGAUAUUGAUAAUGAUGGAGAUAUUGAUGAAGAUGAAGAGGAUGAAGAUGGAGCAUUACCUAACAACCUAAAUAAUAAUAAUAAUAAUAAUGGAGCAAUUGGAGAAUUUUUAGAAAUUUUUGGUUUUACUUUAAAUAUUAAAACUCCAUUAUUUAUUAUGAUAUUAUGUGAUUCUAUAAUUACUGCAUAUUUAUUUUUAAUAUAUUUAAUUCCUCAUAUGAUUGGCAAUGCAUUUGUUUUUAUUACUGGUUUUUUACUUAAAUUGGGGGCUUCAUUUAUACCGACAAAAACAUGGGAUUGGAUUUUAACUGCGUUGUAUACAAAAACUAAUUAUGAAAUAUUGGAUUUUUUAAUUGCUUCAAUUGAUGAAAUUUUAAUUAAACCUACUUUUAAAAUCAUUAAUAAUUUAUUUUUUGAAAAACCUUUACAAAUAAGUUUAAUUGAAAGAAUUUGUCUUAUAUUAAUUGGUUAUGGAAUUAUAAUUGGAUUUAUAAUCCAAAUAAUGAAACAUUUAAUUUCUAAAAAAAAACCAAUAUUAGGUACAUCAAGAAAAGCAUUUAAAAUAUUAUUUGAAAUAAGUUCAACAGCAAAAGUAUUUUUAAUUUUUGCAAUUGAAAUUUUUAUUUUCCCUGUAUAUUGUGGAUUAUUAUUAGAUUUUUGUGCAUCACCAUUAUUUUCAAAAAAUUUAAAUUCAAAUUCAAUUUUAUUAACUUCUGGUUCUGAAAUUUCUCAAAUUAAUUAUAUUAGAAUUGGAUUGUAUUGGUCUUCUGGUACUAUUUAUAUGUUAGUAUUUGCUUUAUUUGUUGGAAUGGUUAGAGGUACUAUUUUAAGACCAGGAGUUUUAUUUUUUAUAAGAUCACCAGAUGAUCCAAAUGCAAGAUUAAUUCAUGAUGCAUUAGUUAAACCUUUAAGUUUACAAUUAUCAAGAAUUUAUCUUAGUGCUAAAGUUUAUACUGCUUUUAUUUUAUUAGGAAUUGGUGGAGUUACUUGGGGUUUAAGAUAUAUUGUUACACCAGAACAUGGGAAAUAUAAUGUUUUAUUACCUAUACAAGUUGAUACUACUCAUUCAUUAUUUAUAUUAAUUGCAUUUGCUGCAUUAGCUAAUGAAAUUCAACCAAUUGUAACAAAAUAUAUUAGAUUAUAUUGGAAAAAGGCAUUUGAAAUAAGUUCACAUAAAUUAAGAUUAUCACAUUUUAUAUUAGGGAAACCAAUACUGCAUGAAAGAGGUCAUAUAAUUUAUAGAAAUUUAAAAGAACAAAUUUUAGGUACUUCAUUACCAGAUUAUACAAAUCCUGUUACAUAUAGAGAAGCACAAGAAAUUUUUAAAACAGAUCCUCAAAUAAAUUCAUGUUUUGUACCAGAUGGGUAUUAUGUAAGAGCACCAGAUAAUGAUACAGUUUCAAGAAAAUUUGUUAAAAAAUUAUUUGUUCCUGUUACAAAAGAUGAUAAAUUAUUAAAAGAUAUUAAUGAAGAAGAUUUAAAACUGUCUGGUUAUGAAACUCCUUCAAGUGAAGAAGAAGAAAUGAAUACUGAUGAUGUUCAUACUAUAGUUUAUAGACCACCAAAUUUUAAAUUACGUUGUUAUGGUUUAAUUUUAAUGCUUUGGAUAUUUGCUGUAAUUUUAAUUUUAUCAAUUGGAUUAAUUGGUUUAUUAUUAGGAAGACCUAUUAUUCAAGUAGCUCAUAGUUUAAUUAGUCUUAUCCAAUUUGCUCCAAAUAAUGACAGUUCAAUUGAUUGGAAAUUAGCUGAUCUAUCAAGUUUAUUCCUUGGUUUAAUUAUAGAAUUAAAAUUAUUACAAAUGUUUGAUAAAGAACAUCAACAAAUUGGAAAUAAUGAAAUUAAUGAAAGACCAAAUAUUUUACAAAGAUUGAUUAAUAUUGGAAAUUUUAAUUUAAUUGCUACUUCUAUGGUAAGUUUUAUUAUAUCAUUUGGUUUAUGGUCAAUUUGGAUAGGUACAAUUCAUCAAAUAAGUAUAAAUGAACCAUUAAAAAAAUAUUAUAAUUUAUCAUUUAUGAAUUAUGAUUUAAAAAGUUGGAUUAUUCAUCUUGUUGCAUCAAUUUGGACAAUUUUACCAAUUUUAAAAUCGGCAUAUAGAUCAAAAAAUUUAGAACCAAAUUUUUUAAAACAAUUAGAAAGAAAUGGAUUUUAUGAAGUUUUAAAAUAUUCAAUUAUAACUCAUUUACCUGCUUUGGUGGUUGGAUAUUUUAAUAAAACCAAAUUAAUUCCAACUUUAACUAUACUGUUUAUCAUAUUUGUGAUUAUAAAAUCUUUAGGACAUUUAAUUAAAUUAUACAAAAAUUUAAAUGAACAAGUUAAAAUUGAAAAAUUUGUAAAAGGUAGAGCUAUAGAAAAUGAUAAUGAUGAUGAAGAUUAA